AUGCGGGAUAUGCAGCCACCUUCAAUGGGUGUCAAUGGAUUCGGAAGACGAAGUCACAAUUUCUCAUCUCCAUCGCUCGUCGAUUACAGAUCCCAGCCGCACCAUUACGGAUCGCAACCAAGCAUAGUACGGAACGGAGGAAGUCAGUCGCCACCCGACUACGCAUUACUCCCAGCACAGUCAGAUCCGCAAAAGAAGAAUCAAGGUUACGCUCACAACAGCCACCGGCAAAUAUACAGAGAGUUCAAGCAAUCCGCAGCCGUCCCCAAUCUACAGCAUCCUAUAACAGUUUAG